AUGUCUGGAAGUUCCUCCAGUAGGCCAGCUGCAAGCAUCACUAGACAGUCUCAAAGAAUUGCUGCCAUUGCACACCAGCAAGAAGAUGACAAUGAAGACAUUGAGUCAGUUCUACCUCCUGAGUCUGAUGAAGACAUUCCAGCAGAAGCUGAGAAAACACAACUGGCCAAACAGAGUUGA